AUGGAAUCUCAGGAACAGGGCGCUAUUAAAACUAACCUAGAUCCGAAAGGCAAGAAAGUUGUGUUCGCUGAGACACUCACAAAUGAACAAACAAUCGAAGUUGCAGAAAUCAAUGACCGUAAGGUGGUGACAUCUAUUAGCAAGAUGGUAGAUUUUGUUGUUGUAGGAAAGAAUGCAGGCCAGGAGGCAGACGAAGCCAAGUCUAUGGGUAUACGAUGCCUAACAGAGACGGAAUGGGACGAUGUGAUAAAUGGUAGAGCUGAUUCAGGCAAGGGCGUUACAAUACCCGGGAAUUUAUCGGUUCGUCCAGUACUUGUUUGUGAUAGCGCCCUCUGCGCAUCACAGUCCACUGAAGCAAAGAAUGAUGGAGGGAAACGAAUGUGUAAAGCUAGCACAGAAGCCGCAAUCAGAGACCAAGUACAUACUUUUACAUGUUUUAGUGAUAUCCCAGAUGUCGCUCUUAUACAUGUGUUCCAGUACCUCCCAGUCUGUGACCUCAUAAACAUUCUCACUGUCUGCAAGAGAUGGAAUGAACUUAUUGAACCAAGUGAUUACCUUUGGCGUAAGUUUAUUCCAAAUAACUUUGACCUGCCUGUCAAUUGUGCCAAGGGGUUUCUUAGAUCUUUAUGGGAAAGGAGCAUAAAGAUUGGCAAGGAGAGAUGGUUACCAGAUGUAUCAAAAGCUUUCGUAGCCCGAAUGAGAGAAAUGGGUAUAUGUAGUCAAUGGGGUUCAGGAGGCUUUGAACCAAUCCCGGCAGGUGCAACAUUGUACCAGAGACUCAACCCUACAUAUGACUUUAUUGAGAAAGUGGGACACCCGACUAAAACAGAGCUACUUGGUGUUAUGAAACAAAUAUGGGAAAAGUUUAAUAAAGGACGACCAUACUUCAGGACUGGUAAAGACUCAUAUUCCAAUGUCCAGAAAGGUUAUACUAUAGUAAAUGCGAAGAGUGCUAUGGAAAAGUCAUGCUCGAUCUCUUACAGUGGCACGUUGAAAUUCAUUCAGGGUAUUGUGGAGCCAUGGUAUGCAACAGGGGGAUUUGACAUAGAACAGAGAGAUCUUGAUGGCUUUUCACACCUUCCAGAUAUAACAGCCGAUUCUCCCCUACCCUAUAAUAUCGAAGUCAGUGACGAUGAAGACUAUGAAGAUGCGCGGAUGUUACAGAAGCACUACAAACCGCCGAUGUUGUCCUUGUACAAAGAGACCAUGGGGAUUUUAUUUGGAGAUGAAGACACAAAGGAGGCCAAGAAGUUUUACAUCAACCCUGAAUGCUGCAAUGAGAAUCUAUAUGGGUAUUCGUAUACACUCCUCAUUGGACCUUAUGGAGUCUUGUAUGAAAUGAAUCAAGCUUCUCCGAUUUAUAAUCAUGUUUAAUACGAU